AUGACACCAGUCUCACCUAGUCCCCUGAAGUUCAACAAAACCAAAUCUCCUACCAAUAAUCUGAAGGAGGCAGCGACCCCCUCCAUUAGCCGAUUGAUCAGUUCUCCACUUCGUUUGACAAACGAAGAACGUCCUUCUACUAGUUCCUCUCUACAACAGCAACCACUACCCACCUCAUCUCAAUCAGCAAAAAAUCCCGCGAGACCAAUAAGUUUGGCAGGUGCCGGUCCACCUCGUCAUAAAGAAGAGGUAUUAACACGGCGAGGAAAAUCGUCAAAUCCAACAAAUGUAGAAAUAGAUUUUAGUAUAAGACCUGCGGUAAAUGAGGAAGACGAAGAAGCUGAACCACCCAAAGGAACGGUGGAAGCACAACACGAUAUACUAGCCAAUGUUGAAGAAAUGUUGGAAGGAUUUGAGUGGAGGAUGAUUGGAACGGCGGUCGAGGGAGUUGAUCUGAUUGAAGAAAGGCUAUUGAACGAACUCAAAGCAUUGGACUUAGCUGAAAUUCAUGCGAUAAUUGAAAAUGAUGACCGGGUAGAUUUGAUCGGAAAAAGUCUCGAUGACGGUCUAGCUCAGUUAGAUAAGAUGGAAGCUAUGCUAAGCUUGUAUCGAACUCAACUCAAUCUUGUGAGCGAUGAGGUCACGCACAUCGAGGGACAGAACAGAGGUCUACAGGUCCAGAUAUCAAACCAAAGAUUGUUGCUGGAGGAAAUCAAAGAACUCAUGCAAACCGUCCACAUUCCACCUGAUGUACUGGAUUCAUUAGUCCGAGAGCCACUUGAUAAGCCAGAAGGAGUACAUAACUUGGAGAAAUCAAUCACCAUCCUCUACAAGGCUAUCCUCUCGGUCCACAAUAUGGGUAAUGCAGCAGCAGCAGUAGCUGCUGCUGACGAUCCAGUCGAUGAAUACAAGCGAGAUGCGAAGCAGUUCUGUAAACGGGUAUACGAGUUUCUGGCCGUAAUGUUCAAGUACGAGUCUGAGAAGUUUUUGAAAGACCCGAUCAACGAAACAAUUAUAGCAAGCUUAAGCUUACCGUCGCACGAGCCUUUAGAGAAGUACCUGGGCACGUAUUGUGGAUUGACUUUAUUUAUGAAAGAACUAGAUGAAGCCAGAUAUCAGCAAUUGUGUGCAGCUUACUUUGCCACCUUUAGUGACAUGCAUAAGAAAGAGAUCAGUGCAUUAUUUGAGGUUUGUCGGACGCAGAUUCGUAAGCCGACUGAAGAGGAACUUGAAGCUAUCGACGUUGUGAUUUCUUCAGCUUUUGCUGCAUCAGUCAUCCAGUCACCGACCAAUGCCAAGAUCUCAGCAACACGCAAACCAUUAGCAAGAUUUGAUCGAAAAGAUAAGAAAGGUUCAGGUGGAACCGGCCAAGGAGAGAUGACAGCUGGGACAGGUUUAGAGAUCAUAUCUGUAUCAGUCUUGAAGAACUUGGAACGCGAACAGAACUUUGUUCGAGAUCUUUUGAAUAUUCAAUCGGCUGAUGAUGAAUUAGAUAACAUGAUCACAUUUGCAGAUUAUGCUGACCUGGAAGGUUAUUUUAGGAAAGCUGCAUUGGCUGGUAAUGCUCUGAAAGGGAAUAAAUUUAAGGAUAUCUUAAGUGUCAUGGAUUUGAUUUUUGGAUUUUUGCCUGGUGUGAUUAAGGAUUGGAUCGAUUCUUUUGUCGCUAGAGAUCCAUUGCAGAUGGUGAGUGUCUUGGCCGCGCUCGACACGACGAUCAAAGCUGCUCAACAAACCAGAAACGAAUAUUGGUUGAAGACUCUCGAAGUUCAACAACGAAAAUCGUUGAGUCUCUUUGAAAAAUACGUCAAAGAGCAAUUGAAGGCAAUUGAAACUACCAAACUGACGGUGAAGAAGCGAAAAGGGGUGGUUGGGUUCAUUGCUACAUUUCCGGAUUUUGUGAUUCGAGUGGAACGUCAAAUGGAAGUGGUAGAUGAUCAAGGAAAUCCGACCCGUAAGUUGGUGGACAAAGUCUAUGGUCAGAUCGUACAAUCUAUGUUCGAAGCAUUGCAGAUGAUGGCGAAAAAUGACAAGGAUCAAGCACCAGCUACGGGAGGUGGAGGUGGCAAUCAAGAAGACAGAGACAAAGAUAGAUUGAACUAUCAUACAUUGAUCAUCGAAAACAUGCACCACUUUGUCACGACGGCCUCUAAAGUUAAUGUGUCGGCAUUAGGGCUCUGGUUGGAAAAAGCCAAGGAACAGUACGAUCAAAAUUUGAAUUUGUACAUCCGUUUGGUACUUCGACGGCCUUUGGCUCGAUUGAUUGACUUCUUCGAAGGCAUUCAACAAUUAUUAAGAACUACGUCUCCUAGUGAGAUUUCAAUGCAUAGUCAAUACACGAAAUCGGCCUUAAAACGAGCAAUUUCAUCCUUUGAUAAAAAAGAUUUGAAGAAAUCCAUUGAAGCACUGGCCAAAAGAGUAGAAAAACAUUUUAAUGAUUUAGCCAAUCCAUCAGCUGUGAUGAAUACAGUUUGGAGUGCAUGUGAAGCUGAAUUAAGGAAAUGGAUUGAAGAAUGGAAUGGAGUGAUUUUGAAAUGUUAUGGUAUUGAAACUCAUGGUUUAGACAUUGGAGUUGAAGAUGUUAAAGCUUCAUUUUUAAAAUAUAAACCUGAACAUUCUUCUUUCUAUUGUGGUUUGGUGGCUUUGUGUUAUCAGAUAUAUAUUUAUAUUUGA